CCGCUGUCGCUUUAAGAGGCUCUCCGCGCAGCAAGCAGGGCCGGAGCCGCAGUCCGAGCGAGCGGAACCGAGCCGAGCGGACAGGUGCACUGCUGCAGGGACGGCAGCGGCAUGACUGGCCACCACGGCUGGGGCUACGGCCAGGACGACGGCCCCUCACAGUGGCACCAGCUGUAUCCCAUUGCCCAGGGCAACCGCCAGUCACCCAUCAACAUCGUGUCCAGCCAGGCCAUGUACUCACCCAGCCUACGGCCACUGGAGCUUUCCUAUGAGGCCUGCACAUCCCUCAGCAUCACCAACAAUGGCCAUUCUGUCCAAGUGGACUUCAAUGACAGCGAUGACCGUACUGUGGUGACUGGGGGCCCCCUGGACGAGCCCUACCGGCUCAAGCAGUUCCACUUCCACUGGGGUAAGAAGGACGACAUGGGCUCCGAGCACACGGUGGAUGGCAAAUCAUUCCCCAGCGAGCUGCACCUGGUUCAUUGGAAUGCCAAGAAGUACAGCACAUUUGGGGAGGCAGCCUCAGCACCCGACGGCCUGGCUGUGAUUGGGGUCUUCUUGGAGACAGGGGAUGAGCACCCCAGUAUGAACCGGCUGACAGAUGCGCUCUACAUGGUCCGGUUUAAGGGCACCAAGGCCCAGUUCAGCUGCUUCAACCCCAAGUGCCUCCUGCCCACCAGCCGGCACUACUGGACCUACCCCGGCUCCCUGACGACACCCCCACUGAGUGAGAGCGUCACCUGGAUUGUGCUUCGGGAGCCCAUCUGUGUCUCUGAGAGGCAGAUGGAGAAGUUCCGGAGCCUGCUUUUUACCUCAGAGGAUGACGAGAGGAUCCACAUGGUGAAUAACUUUCGGCCACCACAACCACUGAAGGGCCGUGUGGUCAAGGCCUCCUUCCGGGCCUGAGCACCUGCCCAACUAACCAUUAGGGCGCCAUCUUCCCAAGGGCUUCCAUGUCAGCGGACACCAAACUAUGUGAGGCUCCCUGCCUGGGGGUGCUGUGGACACCCUCAAGCCAGCUUGUUCCUUGGCCACUCUGGAGACUUUCAAGUCAGGGGCUCCCUUCAGCUGCCUUGAGGACAAGAAGGACAGAAGCUGAAUGGGGUCCAAACCCCACUCUCCAAGACCCAAAGGCCCCUAAGAAUAUCUUCUUGUCUUCCCCACUGACAGUAGCAGCAGCUGCCCUAAGCCCACACUGUGAUGGACAAGUCCAUGUUCCUGGGGUAGGCGGCUGACACUGCCAGAAAGACUCAAGCAAUAAUUAGAGGUGGGCAGAACUGCCCUCUCAGUGUUACCUCUUCUGCAGGCCUCUGCCGUGCAUGCACCUCACUGCCAGGCCAUUAAAAUGAGCACCCAGCCUGCUGGAGGUGACAUGGCCUUCUCCUUCCAGCCACCUGCUGUGUCAGGCAGGCCUGGCUACAGCUUAUGUAGUAUCUCCCCUCAUCCCCCACUCAACCACCAAAGCCACUCACAUGUCAAUCCAUCCUAUGCAUUAAUUAAUAAACUCAUCCAUCCAUGCAACAAA